AUGCCCCUCACAAUCCUAACCAACGACCAAGUCAAGUCCAUCUUGGAGAACCUGACCCUCGCCCAGCUCGACGGCUUCCAGAGAAACUUAUCCAAAGCCCUCCACGAGUACUCGACCGACGUCAAGGCCGUCCAGGAUGGCACCUAUCACCAACCCCAGAGGACGAGCUACGGCAACCCGCAGACGGGUGCUACUACGCUCUUCAUGCCCUCCGUCGGUCCGGCGGGCAUGGGUGUUAAAGGUAAAUCGAUGCGAACCCGAACACAGAUGCACAAGGGACCGUCACAGCUCGCAAAACGGCCCCGCGGACAGCCCUUUUGA